AUGUCGACAUUUGCAUGCGAGGCGACAAUUCCGGGGCCUGUUCCAGAGGAGCUUCACUCCCUAUUUGUCAAGUAUGACGAGCAACACACUGAAGAACGCCCUGUUAAAAGAAGAAAAGUUAAAAGCGUCAGAGCGUUCAGCAAUAUUGAAGCGUCGGAAGAGCUCCUUUCCAAUUUCCUGACCCUAUUUCGCGUGGAUCUUCAAGUUACUUUUCGCGAACUAUCGACUUCGUGUACUGGGCUAGACUAUGUAUUAGCACCAAUUCCAGUGCUGAUAGCCACUCGAAAAGACCGUACGACCGGCAACGUAACUACGGAAAUCCAAUCUGCAAAUUCUUGCAUUUCUUUGGAAAGCUUUGAUUUGAAAGCGUGCUGUUCGGCCUUCAGAUAUCUCCGCAAUUUUCCUUCUGUGUACGGCACAGGCAAGAAAACCGUUACCUGUUCACAAUGCCUUUUCCGUCGCGAUGCAGACAACGAAUUGGCUUUUCACCUUGUUUUUAGAGCUUUCUGGAGAGACUGUCCUCCAAGUAUCGACAUAUUGUGUAGGCCUGGACAUAAGAAGGCUUUUGAUGAGUUCUUUGCUUACCAGCUAUCCCAUACCCCGAGCGAUAACUUUUCCUCUCGGGUGCCUUCUGACCGCAAAGCUCAGCAAUGGGCUCCCCGUGAUUUCUACAACAAUGUUCAUGUUCCCAAAAAAGAUAUUGAUUUAUCACUAAUCCGUGGGUAUCAAUCCUUGAACUACCGGCUGUAUCCAUUCCAACGGAGGGCCGUAGGGUGGUUAUUGGAAAGAGAGGGCGUGGAAGCUCUUGCUGACGGCACGCUGCAUUUACUUACCCGAGAGCAACCUUUACCACUAUCUUUCGCUCGGUGUACAGAUGCUGACGGUCGCCGCUGUUUUGUCAGUCAUCUAUAUCACGCUGCCGUUUCCGAUAUCUCGCAGUGGUCGUUUUCAAAGCAGCUGAAGGGUGGUAUACUUGCUGAGGAAAUGGGCCUUGGGAAAACGGUGGAAUUAUUGACACUCAUUUGUUUGCAUCGACGCCCAGAAUCUGAUAUCCAACGACCUAGCUACGACGGGGGUCCUGUCAGAUCAGGAGCAAGCUUGAUUGUGACACCCUCUUCUAUAUUAGAGCAGUGGAGGCAGGAAAUUUCGAGACAUCUUUCAGAUAUCCAAGUCAUGUAUUACCCGGGUAUGCAACACAGCCGAAAGACAGAUGGCACCUUGAUUCAGCAACUCGCUUCUCAAGACAUAGUUCUUACGACCUACAAUGCACUUCAAAGAGAUUUACACUUUGCACAGGAUCCUCCUGAUCGUGCCUUGCGAAACCGGAAAAGACUUCCGCGCCGGAAAUCCCCAUUAGUUCAAAUAUCGUGGUGGCGAGUAUGUAUAGACGAGGCCCAGAUGGUUGAAAGCGGAGUAACUAAUGCGGCGAAAGUGGCUCUUCUGAUUCCGCGAUGCAAUGCCUGGGCCGUCACUGGCACACCAUUGCGAAAAGACAUGAAGGACUUAUUUGGUCUUCUUCGCUUUCUACAGUGUGAACCCUUCUCUUCUUCUCUUGAUGCCUGGACUCGCCUCUACGAAGAUUCCCGGCCCUACUUUAAAACCCUAAUCCAGACGCUUGUCAUGCGUCACAAUAAAAGUCAGGUAUGUGAUGAGCUGCAUCUACCUCGCCAACAACGUAUUGUUAUCACCAUACCGUUUACUGCAGUCGAGGAGCAGCAUUAUGAGCAGCUUUUCAAACAAAUGUGUGAGGAGUGCGGCAUCAGGCAAGAAGAGUACCAGAAUGGUGUCCUAGAGUCGAAUGUAUACUCCAUAAGGACCAUUGAAAAAAUGAGGUCAUGGCUGAAUAGGCUCCGCCAGGCCUGCCUUCAUCCUGAAAUAACGACCGUUUCUGGAAAACGGGCAUUUGGUAGCGGCCCUCUCCGGUCGGUUGCCGACGUGCUAGAAGUUAUGAUUGAUCAAAAUGACAUGCAAAUACGCUCCGAGGAACGAAGACUUCUUUUACUUCAAAUUCGACGGGGUCAGUUGCAAGAAAAUGCGGAAAAUCCUAAAGCCGCCCUUGAAAUAUGGAAGGCGUCGUUGUCCUCAGCACAAAACAUCGUCGCAGAUUGCAGGGAUCAACUUGCUGAAGUUCUUAAGAAUUCCCAGGAUGAGAGUGGUGAUAGUUUGUCUGAUGAAGAUGAGGAAGCGGACGACGCAGAAAAGAGUCGUAUUGCUUCUUAUCAACAACGACUUCGAUCCGCACUGGAAAUUGAACAUAUCAGCACUUUCUUCAUCGCCAGUGCAUAUUAUCAAAUUAAAUCAAAUCUUGACCUAACAUCGUGUGAUUCCAAAGAGUUUAUGACACUGGAAAGGCUGGAAGAACAGAACUAUGAAGCAGCAAAGCUGAUCAGGAAGGAAAUGCUGGCAGAGACGAGCCACAGGGUCAACAAAAGGCUUAAUGUAAUCAGAGAAAAAGCUGAGAGGAAGGCCUUUAUUCAAAUUCCCUAUCUUACGGCUGACCUACGCCCUGGUGGCAUAGAAAGCCGGCGGGUAUUAGAGCGGCUCGAGAAUUUUUCCGAUGUCGUAAAUCGACAUGCGACCACACUACAAAAAUGGAGAACUCACAUGGUUCAGCUGAUUUUACGCCCACUGGUUGACGAAGAGGAUGGUACGAAUCUGCAAGGUGAUGAGUAUGAAUCUUCGACAAAAGUUCAGGAGGAAAUGUAUGUUUAUAUGGAGGCCGUUCGGGCAAUGGUAGCGGACUAUCAUGAUGCUAUUACAGGUCAGACAAGUGCCUUGGUUACCCACGAAAUGACACAAGCUAUUGAGAAAGCUAGGAUAGGUGGAGGGCCUUCUCCGAGGCUGUUCAUCUCCUUAAUGGGUUGUUGCAAGGACUUGAAGCCCCCGAAAGAGCUUGGUUCUUUACGAGGGAUACUAAAUGAACUUCGAACAUUAGUGACAUCCUUAGAAUGGCAAGAGAGUGGCGGUAGUGCUCGCGCUAGAUCUGAACUUACCAUCAUCGAAGGAAUUACCAAAUCUGUGAGCACAAUGUUUUCCACACACUCAAAAGUAGCGAGCCAGCUAGAAAAGGAGAUUAUUUUGUUCCAAAAUGUGACAAACCGGAGGCUGGAAUACUAUCGACACCUUCAACAAAUUUCUGACACAGUAGCUCCCUACAAUGAGGAAUCCAAGGGCAUGCCAUUGGAUAAAGCGCAGUUUAACUCGAACAUACAGGCUGAGGAUAAAUUAAAGACCAGUAUAUCUGGACUGAAGUCUAAACGUCGAUAUCUAAUUCAUUUGCGUGACGAAACUAAUGGGGAUGAAAGUUCUAGGAUUUGUAUUAUUUGCCAGAGUUCUUUCGAAAUAGGGGUUCUUACUGUAUGUGGUCAUAAAUAUUGUAAAGAAUGCCUACACCUUUGGUGGCGUCAACAUAGGACCUGCCCUGCAUGCAAACAUCGUCUGGCGCGAAAUGAACUGCAUCAAAUUACAUACAAACCUUCCGAACUGCUCAUCCAAGAAGAAAAAACCCCAGGACAAGAUGAAUCCGGGCAUUCUAUGAAGAAUGCUAUCUACUCGGAUAUAAAACGCGAUGACUUGAAAGAAAUAAAAAACAUUGAGCUGAGCGGCUCUUUUGGCACUAAAAUAGACACACUUUCUCGCCAUCUUAUCUGGCUACGACAGCAUGACCCUGGCGCCAAAUCCAUCGUAUUUUCUCAAUACAAGUCAUUUCUAGGAAUUUUGGCCAGCGCCUUCAGCCGUUUUAAGAUUGAAUAUAGUAGCAUUGAUAGUCCGAAUGGCAUCGAGCUGUUCAAAAAAAAGCCAUCUGUCGAAUGCUUUCUUUUGCAUGCCAAGGCACAUUCAUCAGGCCUGAACCUCCUAAACGCAACACAUGUGUUUCUCUGUGAACCGUUGAUUAAUACUGCAAUCGAGCUUCAGGCGAUUGCUCGAGUUCACAGAAUUGGUCAACACCGCGAAACCACUGUCUGGAUGUAUCUCAUAUCCGGCACUGUAGAGGAGUCUAUUUAUCAAAUUUCAGUCUCUCGCCGCCUUGCCCAUAUUGUGGAGAAGCAGAAGAAACCGAACGCAAACAACCUUUCCCAACGGCCUAACACCAACCUAGACCCGCCUAGUCUUACAGAGAACAUUCUUGAUGCUGCAAACUCCCUUGAGAUGCAAGAAGUUGCAUUGGGAACAUUAUUGGGAGGAGCUACGGAGGGGGAAAGGGUCAGGGAUAGCGACUUAUACCAAUGUUUAUUUGGAAAAACUGGGAGAGCUAGCGGCGCUAUGGCUGAGAGCGUACGCUUGGGGGUAGACCGGAUGCUUAGAGCCGAUGCUGCUGAGGAGAGAAGGAAUGCCACCAACCCUCAAAACAUAGUAUAA